AUGUCUUACCGUUGUUUAGUAACUGUUAGUUUGAUGGUGAGUCCACUCGCCCACAAGCGCCCAGCUAUUAAACCCGUCGAUUAUUUUUGCUAUCCUUCGCCCAUGCCGAGUCGCGCAUCUUCGAGUCCGAUUCUGUGGUGCUAUUCUGAACAUCCGACAGCAGCGCAGAAUGACGCCCUUGCAAUCGGAGGCAAUUCCACCCUCGUCGAGGCAUAUGUCCGGACCACAACUUCAGAUUCCUUAAUAUAUGAAGCCACACUGAAUUUAAGCGCCUGUUACCUAUUAUCCACGUAG